AUAUUAGAUACAUGUCGGGUUAACUUGUAUCUCAGAAAUAAUCCCAAAUAUGAAAUGUUGAGAUUUAUGUAAUUUUUCAGAAGUGGGGGAUUCUUAGAAAUUUUGAAAGUUACGAUGUUUAUUUAUGUAAUUUUUUGAAUUUUUAAAGUAGAAAUGUUUAUGAGUGUCUAUAUAUUUGGCCUUCAAAUCCAGUUAGAAAAAGCCCAAAUCCACACUUUCCGAGCCCAAACUCCUUCCCUUUGACCCGAAAUCUCCCACCGGAAUCCGCCAAUCGCCGUCGGCAAUGUGGUCGGCGAAACCACCACAACCACCGUCUUCCACUUAUUGUAGUCUCCAAAGCUCCCUAUUAUCCCUCGCCAUCUUAACUCUACUCUCCUUCACAUAUCUCUCCCUCAAAUCCUUCCACUCUUCUAAUUCUCCUCCUCCUUUAACUCCUUCUCUAGUCAUACAAUCAUCUCAGGUAGUGAGACAGGUGGCGGAGCAGCAGCGUGAGCAGGAGGAGGAGGAGGAGGUGAUAACGGAUGUGUAUAAUUCACCAGGAGUGUUUAAGUUGAAUUAUGAAGAAAUGGAGAGGAAAUUUAAGGUGUAUAUAUAUAAAGAUGGAGAUCCGAAGACAUUUUAUCAAACGCCAAGGAAGUUGACAGGGAAAUAUUCUAGUGAAGGGUAUUUCUUCCAGAAUAUUCGAGAGAGUAAGUUUGUUACGGAUGAUCCGGAUCAGGCUCACUUGUUCUUCAUUCCGAUCUCUUGUCAUAAGAUGAGAGGAAAGGGAACAUCAUAUGAGAACAUGACCAUAAUUGUCCAGAACUAUGUUGAUAGUUUGAUAGCAAAAUAUCCAUACUGGAAUAGAACCAUGGGUGCAGAUCACUUCUUUGUUACCUGUCAUGAUGUUGGUGUCAGGGCAACUGAAGGGCAUCCCUUUCUUGUAAAAAAUGCAAUCCGUGUUGUGUGCUCCCCUAGCUAUGAUGUUGGAUAUAUUCCACAUAAGGAUGUUGCUCUUCCACAAGUUCUGCAGCCAUUUGCCCUUCCAGCUGGAGGAAAUGACAUUGAGAAUAGGACAACUUUGGGUUUCUGGGCAGGUCAUAGAAACUCUAAAAUCAGAGUUAUCCUGGCACGCCAAUGGGAAAAUGACACCGAACUAGAUAUUUCCAACAACAGGAUAAACAGAGCUACAGGACCUCUUGUUUAUCAGAAGAGAUUUUACAGGACAAAGUUCUGCAUAUGUCCAGGUGGUUCCCAGGUUAACAGUGCUCGUAUAACAGACUCAAUACAUUAUGGAUGUGUUCCUGUGAUACUUUCUGAUUACUAUGAUUUGCCAUUCAAUGACAUUGUCGAUUGGCAUAAAUUUGCGGUUGUACUGAGGGAGAAGGAUGUAUACGAGCUAAAGCAAAUUCUCAAGAACAUCACACAAGACAAAUUUGUCACCUUGCAUAACAAUUUAGUAAAGGUUCAAAAGCACUUCCAGUGGAAUUCACCUCCUAUAAGACAUGAUGCUUUUCAUAUGGUAAUGUAUGAACUCUGGCUGCGCCAUCAUGUUAUCAAGUACUAAACCGGAAAUUAGGAAUACGAUAAAUCAAGUAUAGGAAGAGCUUAAAGUUGUAAAUAACAGUUUAAACAGUUUGUCAUCUUUCUUUCUCCGUGUUUCUGGGCUCUGGAGAGAGAGGUCUUAACGGAGGCAAAAGUGCGGAGGCUGAGAUCAUGAGAGAGUUGUUUCUUGUGUAAUUUAUCCCAUCCUUUUUGUACCGAUCGAGGAACAUUUUUUAGCUCUUGUUCUCAAGAGGGUGAAAGAUUGAUUGUUGUUUGUGCAACUGCAGGUUGAUUCAUGUAAUUUUUUCAUUUAUUCUAAGCUUCCCAUCGAAGAACUACCUAUCACCUUCUGUAGAUGCAAUUAGAUUUAAUCUGAAAUGACUUGGUGUUUCCUGUUUUA